AUGUUUUCAAGUCAACUCAGCGAUUCGUCAUUUACAUCCUCUGAUUCCUAUGUUAGUGAACGGCAACGUGCACCACUGGGACGGUUGAGUGUGAUCGAUUUAUAUAAUCAGGAGACACAAUCAAAUGGAUUUGAUCCAUAUGAACAACAAUAUCGUUUUACGCCUAUUCCAACAAUUCCACGACCUUUUGUACGAGUACCAACGGUACGCCGGUUAUGGCAACCAUACUCACGAAUUAGUCAACCAGUAUUACCAGAUCGAUCGAUCAUCGAACACGUUUCGAAUCCAAGGCUAGACCAGCAAUUGAAUCCUCCGAGCGAACGCAAUCAUACACCAAGUGUAAUUAGCCAACCCAUUGUAUCAAAUUACAUUCAAAAUGAUCCCCGCAGACUUCUUCCACGUGUAGCACCACCGUCUAUCCCAGAUCUACAAUUUUACGAACUAAAUAAUAGCGUAUCAUCGACUCGAACUGUCAUACCGCCUGUUGAAACCAUAGAAACACCGCAGACUGACCGUCAGUUAUAUCAGAUAGUACCGGUUACGAGAACUAUUCAAAGACCACCAGUGCCCGUUAGACAAAAAAGCAUACCCUCCAAAAAACCAGUGGUUAAUAAUAAAAAACCUAAACAUAAAGCGAACAUAUUCACCAGAUUGUGUGCCGGUGGUAUUGGAACAGUUGUUUCGUUACUUUAUCUUUGUUUUGUGCUAGUAGUACCAGUGGCAAAACUGACGCUUGGCAUCAUAUUUAUUGAUCAAUGUCCUAUCGAGCCCAAUAUUCCUUUGUAUCUGAUUAUUGCUGGUUCAUGCGGGAUAACUGUUGUACUCUUACUGAUAAUCUCAUCUGGUUGCGCGUUGUUACGUUCAUUUAAUAAUAAGGAAAAAACUGGCCAUUUUCUCGUCAUGUUUAUAAUAUCCGCCGCAACAGGAAUCCGACGUGCAGUAGCCGUAUUUUUAUUUGUUUGGUUUUUUGUUGGAAAUAUUUGGAUUUUUGGUGUACGAUCACGAGGUGUGCAGACUGAAAGAGCAGACAGUACACCAACGUAUUGUCAUCCUGUUUUAUAUACAUUUUCAUUUUGGUUACUUAUUGCUACAUAUAUCUCCGCAAUUUUAACCUGUUGUAUAAAAUGUUGUACUAAUUUUUUUUGUUGUGGAGUGUGCGAUAUAUGGAAAAAAGCGUUUUCCUCAUAA